UGAUGUUCUCUCCGGGAACCUUUAAACCAGAAUAUAUGCCUUUCAUUGUUUCAGGAUGUUUGCGAGUCAGCGAAGCAUGUGGUGAGGAGUCAGUGGAAUGCCGAACACAUAUUGAUUUCAUGCGCCGUGUGGUGUGAAAACGAAGAAAUGUCAAUGGGCCUUGUGACCCCGAGACGAAUCACAUCGAGGGAAAGGUCGCCAGCCAAGGUCCUGUAUCUUCUACCAGCAUGCCGCCGAGGAGAAAGAGAACAAGGACUAGGGCUGCGAAUUCAGCGGGAGUAGCAACUGUGACACCCAUCCAGGCGUUCUUCGCCCAAUACCCUGCAUUUGCAUACGAUCCUAGCGAGGAAACAAUGAAACAAUUCUGGAACAUGCUGCGUCAAUUCGAAUGGGGCGGCGUCAAUGGUGACAGAGACGUGGCACUUUCUGGAAUCCGGGAUGCUAUUGCCCAGCAGUUCAACGACAUCUAUGGUGGGAACGCCGAGGAUCUGGGUGCGUGGCAGCGACUUUGUGAGAUGGUGGGUGAGGGGGACGUACCUACCAAUAUCAAUGCAAGCAGAGCGGCAAUGAAGAGGAUAUUUGUCAAUAUAUGCGACCUUGUUGAUUAUCCAGCUACUCAAGUACGACCACCUCUGUUCUCCACCGAGGUUGAACUGGCUGAGUACAGUCGCUCCAAUGGCAAGAUCUAUCCCAGAGACAACGCCUAUGCCGGAGGGCUUUUACGGUUCCUAUUGAGGAAGAUAAAGCAUCCGUCGCAGCAUCGAGGAGGAAGCACAGGGAGGGGCGGAGGAAGUGGACGAGGAGGAGGAAGGGGGCGAGGAGGAGGAAGGGGGCGAGGAGGAAGAAGGGGCAGAGCGUCGAACUAAUGGCUAGUCGAAGUUGCAAAAAUUUUUGUGAAGUGUCGAAGAAGUAAGAUUUUCUUGAUGUACAAACCUGCUACCGCACGGAUAGUUUUCUGGAUGCCAAAACUUAAUGUACAUGUGUAAACUUUUCGAAUACUAGGGUUUUGAAAAGAUGACUGGACUCUGCCGGGGGUGAC